AUGAAGUGGUCUGUUCUCACUCUCCUCAGUGCUGCGUCGUUCGUGUACGGGCAAGCUUACGUCGACACAUUCCGUCACGCUCCCAAAGACGUGCCCUCCUCUCACGGUCUACCCAUUGCCAGAAACGAUGAAGAAAAGGGAGGCAUAUCCCACAACUACCGCUGGCCCAACCCCCUGUCUUCCCCUGACGACGACAUUGACUUAUACCAAACCCUGUCCAACGUGUACAACCUUGGUGACUACUACGGAAACGACGACUGUCCACAAGACGAAGAUAGUACCAAGGAUUUGCCCUCUUGCGUGACCCAUGUUGGGGGUGAGGCCUCUAUCACUCGUCCAGAAUAG